UAAAGCAUGAUAUUACUUAAACCGUAACUACUACAUAGGCCAUUUAUUUCUUCCAACUAACUAUAUCAUCAUCACCGUCACUAAUCAGCAAUCACCAUCACCACUCGCAGGUGUUUGUGAAAAUGUCUGAACGAAAAAAUUCCCACCCCGGCGACAAGCGUCCGGCUCUCCCAUUGAAGACCCGCAUCAGUCUCUUCGUCAUCAACACCGCCAGCGACGCCGCCCGCCGCCGCGACGGCACCGUCAACCGCCGCCUCCUUCAUUUCUUCGACAACUUCAGUCUCCGGACGCCGGCCAAUCCGAAACCCCGGAACGGCGUCAGAACCUCCGACGUCGCCGUCGACACUUCCCGCGACCUCUGGUUCCGCCUCUUCGUCCCUUCACACUCCGAAUCCACCGGAUCUGAUUCCCAGCUCCUCCCCUUAAUCGUCUUCUUCCACGGUGGAGGAUUCGUCCAUCUGGCGCCGGAUUUCAAGGCCUACGACGCCGUCUGCCGCCGCUUCGCGCGGAAGACGCCCGCCGUGGUGGUGUCGGUCAACUACCGGUUGGCCCCCGAGCACCGGUACCCGGCUCAAUACGAUGACGGAUUCGACGUCCUCAGAUACAUCGACGACCGGAGGGAUAUCUUGCCGGAAAAUGCUGACCUGUCGCGUUGUUUUCUUGCCGGUGACAGCGCUGGAGCGAACAUCGCCCACCACGUGACGAAACGCGCCUGCGAGUCGAAAUUUACUCACAUCAAGAUAAUUGGAUUAAUAUCCAUACAACCCUUUUUCGGAGGAGAGGAUCGAACCGAGUCGGAGCUAGAGUUAGCCGAAGUUGACGCAAUUGUGUCAAUCCGGAAAACCGAUUGGAUGUGGGAGGCGUUCAUGCCGCCAGGUGGAGGAAUGGACCGCGACCACGAGGUGAUCAACGUUAGCGGCCCUAAGGCUGCCGACAUAUCGGAAUUGGAUUUUCCGGCAACCAUGGUGGUGGUGGCGGGCUUCGAUUCACUCAAAGAUUGGCAGAAAAAGUACUACGAGUGGCUGAAGAAAUCGGGCAAGGAAGCCUAUCUUGUGGAGUACCCAAAAAUGAUACAUGCUUUCUACGUUUUCCCAGAACUCGAAGAAUCGGCGCAACUCAUUUCUGAGACCAAACGAUUCAUCGAAAAGCAGUGUUCCAAGGUCGUCUGAGUAGACCCCUUAAUAAUUAAUUAUCUUAUUCUCAUAUAUGUAUUCCAUAUCGUUUUAAUAAUUUCGUACGAUUAUUGAACUCGACUAUUUUUUUUCUUUUCAUUCAAUAAUAUUGGAAAACAUAGAAAAGUAAUUCGAUGAAGUUGCAUGGCUCUGUCACCACAUGUGCACGCAAAUGACUGCAGUUAUCGUAUUCCCAAGAAACGAAUGCGUUGAUCAAGUCACUCAAGAAUGAACUCUCUCGUCAUCGUCGUGUCUAAAUGAUCUCGUUGAGUCUACAUACAUGAGAUUUAAUUUGAUCUCCGACCCCGUAAAUCAUUAUGAAUACCUGGGAAAUGUAAGAAUGAUCCAACCAUGCAUUUUUGUGAUCAUUUCUCUUUCUCA